AUGCCUCGACUUGUACGCCGCCGCCCGCUCUCCGAGCGCAUACUCUCACACCUGAAUCCAUACGACUUUCUGCUUUGGCUUUCUGAGGAAUUUGAAGGCGGUGACUGGGACCAGCUGGAGAAAACCUGGGCUUUGCCUAUCGGUAUUGCGCUCAAUGUGAUAUUCCUCAUUGCGCGAGCAAAUAGUCGGUCCGGUGGUAGUAAGGCUUUUGACGAUGUGUUCGGCGACGACAAUGGCACAUCCCUGCGUGGAUGGCUUGCCUCAUUCAUCGUCCAUUUGAUGGCCGUUGCCUCUACAGCCAAUGCUAUCUACACAUUCCAAAAGAAGAGACACUAUCGCCUGUUUGAGAACUCUAUUGAUAACAAUCCGGCGACACCAUCAGCACAUCGUGUACGCGUUGACUCAAGCCCGAUGAUGCCGUCUCCCCUGCGAUACAUUGCCAAGGCGCUAUCAACAGAAUCAGCACACUCGAGAGCCCACCCCGAUGCCCAGCGAGAUGUCUGGGAGCUUGCAAUUUGGGAUCCUUCGCCACUUUGUCUCCGACUCUUUUGCCUGUUCAGCCCAGGGCACGUCUUGGUAUACUGGCUGUUCCUCCCGACACAGCUUUCCGAUCCACGCCCCAGCGUGACGAUUGUGACAACGAUCGUUCUGACAGUUCUUCUGUCUGUUCAGAUGUCCUUCCUCUCUUCUUCUUACACACAACAAGCAAAGGACCAGAAGGUGGUACACAAAGAGGUCUUCAAAGAAUAUGACACGAAAUAUGUACAACCUCGGACACAUCCCUUGAUGAGAGAUGUUGGCACCCAGUUCUCGGAUCCGUAUGGUGAACCACCAAAGACCGAGGACGAGUGCAACAAGGUUGAGACCUACAGCCCGGCCCACAUCAUUAACCGCAGUUUUAAGACCAGUCCCAACCCUAAUUACCUCAAGCACGUCGACCCAGAAGGUUUCACCCCGGUCCGCCAGCCGACUGCAUCUACUCCGAUCUCCUCUGUAUUCCAGGGCCCGCCAACCAACACCCCGAGCAUGUCUCGAGAUGGCUCGCCGAUGACUCGAGGCACCAGCCGCACAACAAUGCGACAACCGCAGUUCCGAUCUACUGCAACAACAACCGGUGAUGGAGGAAGCCUCGGUGUUUACAGUCACGCAAACUCUCCACUGAGGAAGUCUGCGACAACUUCAUUUGACCGCCGCUUACAAAACAACGGAGACUUUGUUUACAAGGAGCGUGGCACAACUCCCUUGAUGCGGAGCUCUAGUCCGCUGAAAAGAAGCAGUGUACCGGGAGGAAUGAACCCAGGUGGCCCAGCCACCAUCAAUAGAUCAGAUAACCUCAACACUCGCCGAGAAACGGGGAGGUUCUAA